AUGGCCCAGUUCGAUGUGGACGAUUUUGUGCUUUAUAUACACGUGUGGUCGAUUUCGCACUCAAAGCUGAGUGUUACAUGGCGUGGACCAGCUCAAGUCGUCAAGACAACAUCCGACUGGAUUUUUGAAAUCCAAAAUUUGGUGACGGGGGUGGUCCGUGAAGCCCACAGCAGUCAUCUCAAGUUUUAUGCCAACGACGCCUUGGAUGUGACGGAAGAACUGCUGCGCCACAUUGCGCACAACGCCGACGGCCAUGUGGUCGAUCAGUUCCUCGACUGCCGCUACAACGAUCGAAUGGCCGCUUUUGAAGUGUGUGUGCGCUGGCGCGGCCUACAUGCAAUUGAAGACUCGUGGGAGCCGGCGGCCAAUUUGUUGGAAGACAUCCCAACUGAGUUCAAGCGCUACAUGCGCUCAAACAAGGCCGAUCCCCAAGUCAAGGCGAUGGCAGCUGCGUUGGCCGUGACGCAAUCGUUGAGAGGGAUUGUUGCGAAUUUGCCAUUCGCAGAACCCCUGAACCCCUCCCAAGAAGGUAUCCAAGUGUUCGAUUAG